UAAUCCCAAAUCGCGCAAGGAGGAACUCAAAUCCAGAGCCCUCUCCUCCCCCUCCCCUCCCCCUCCCCUCGCGGAUCCACACUUGCGGCGGCGGCGAGAGCGGGAAGCGAAAACUCGAAACAGCUCCGAGCAUGGCCAGCGAAGGCGAGCACGCGGCGGCGGCGGCGGGCGAGCAGACGCCGCUCAAGAAGGCGGGCGACGCGGAGCAGGGCGAGGAGCUCCAGGCCCCCUCCGGCUGGACCAAGAAGCUUAAUCCCACUCGGGGUGGGAAGUUUGAGGUUGUUUUUGUUGCACCAACUGGCGAGGAGGUCAAGACCAAGAGAGCUUUAACCACAUACCUAAAAGCACACCCUGGAGGCCCUGCUCUUUCAGAGUUCGUCUGGGCAACUGGCAAUACUCCCAGACGAUCCUCACGUCUAAGUGCAAAGCCUAAGGCUACUGAGAGCCCAGAAGAUGAGAAACCCUCACGCCGAAGUGGAAAGUCUAAGGCUACCCAGAGCCCGGAAGAUGAGAAACCUGCCAAACGGGGAAGGCCCUCAAGCUCUAAGAAAGGCAAAAAGGGGAAACAGGAGGAUGCAGAGGACGCAGAAGCUGAAAGUGGAGAUCAUGCUGAUGCUGAAGAAGCCAAAGGCACUGAAGUGGAGAUGAAAGAUGCUGAAGAAGCCAAAGUCACUGACCUGGACCUGGAGAUGAAAGAAGCUGACAAUGCUCAGGAAGAGAAGAAAGAGGAAGAGGCUGGCAGUUUGGUUGGAGAGAAGAAAGAAGCUGACACUGUUGCUCCGGAGGAGGAGAAGAAAGAGGCCGACACUGUUGCUCCGGAAGAGAAGAAAGAGGCCGACACUGUUGCUCCGGAAGAGAAGAAAGAGGCCGACACUGUUGCUCAAGAAGAGAAGAAAGAGGCUGACACUGUUGCUCAAGAAGAGAAGAAAGAUGCCCCUGUCGUUGAUGCCCCAGAGAAGACUGAAGAAGUGGAAGGCGAGGCAGCUGAAUCUGAGGUAGCUCCCGUGGAGGCUGAGAUGCCUGACCCUGUAACGGAGAACAAGGAAAACGAGAAGCCAGCUGAAUUUGAAGAAGUCCCGGUGGAGUUUGAGAUGUCUGACCUUGUAUCCGAGAACAAGGAAAACGAGAAGCCAGCUGAAUCUGAAGAAGUCCCCGUGGAGUUUGAGAUGUCUGACCUUGUAUCCGAGAACAAGGAAAACGAGAAGCCAGCUGAAUCUGAAGAAGUCCCCGUGGAGUUUGAGAUGUCUGCCCCUGUAUUAGAAGAGCACAUGGAAGAUGAAAAGGCAGCUGAAUAUGAAGUAGCUCCCGUGGAGGGUGAGAAAACUGAAAACGGCCUGGCAGUCGAAUCCACAGUGCCACCUCCAGCAUCUUCAGAGGAAAAGAAAGUAGAGGCAGAUAGCACCAUCAAUCCGGCGACCCCUCCUCCAGCUGAGGUGAAGGCAGAUGCUCCAGCGGCAGAGGCAGCAAAAGCCACGGAGAAUCCAGCAGACAACGCCGUCCCCGAAGAACAAUCCGCCGCGAACGUCGACAACAAUGGACAGAUUCAUCCAGGUGUUUCUACCGUGAGGUGUACCUGAAGGUAGGUUUCCUGGAAGACAGGCGAGGCGAGGCGAAACGGGGAACAAACCUGGUCUCUGUUUGCUUUGAGAACUGUAAGCGUGUUUAACCUGACAGCGCCUGUAAUUGUAGGCCCUUUCCGCAUACUUCACAGCUUGUUGUCUUAUGAGGUGCUGCAGGGCAGCAGGCUGGCUUGUGCCGCCUCGGUCAUUAUUAUCAUUUGUAACUUGUUAGAGUGCACAUUAAUCUCAGGAGGACAUAGACAAUACUUAUGCUGCUGUUGUUGUAACCUGACGACCUUUAUGCCUUUGCCUUGUGUUGUUAUUCAUAAAUAAGCCAUGGAUGAACAUGUUU